GGGCGGGAAUCAUUUUGUGGACUUAAAGCUUUCAGAUAUUAUCAGUUGCUUUUUGUGAUAUUGCUGCAACAUUCGCAUUCGCUCGCUCGCUCGCUUCUCUCUCGAUAAUCACUAUACAAAUACAUCUUACUUAGGGUUUGUUUGAUUUCAGUUCCUCUUAUCAAUCCGGGAAUUUCAGAUCUCGAUAAUUGCAGCAGGUCCAAUUUGUCGGAAAAGUUACCAGAUUUAUCAUGGGUAUUCCCACUAUAGCUCUCUAUGCUAGUCCUCCCAGCACCGUUUGCUCCACGCCACAUCCUUGCCAAAUCACUUCUCAUUCAUCCCACGAUUUCGACUUCACCGCAAGGUCCUCCUCCUCCUCCUCCUCCCCCUCGUCUUCGGCACCGCACGGUGGUGGUCUCUCAUCUUUAUUCUCCUCGCAGCCUGUCAAGUACGCCGCAUCCACUACCUAUCACACCGCCGGGGAAGAUGACAGAACCGACGAAUUUACCUGCUCCUUUCGCUAUUCAUCCUUGGGCUCGUCUCUUAAGAAAGAUCACAGCCCAGUAUCCGUCUUUCAGGCCCCCCUUUCUUCUUCCAGGAGUCCACCUACGAGGAUAGGCGGCCGGGAAAGGAAUACCGUUGAUGUGAAUCUUCACGCUUCUUUUCGGGCAGGGGCUAAUAAUAAUAAUAAUAAUAAUAAUAAUAAUAAUAAUAGUCUGUUUAAUGGCUUAGUUCCAAAUGCAUUAGGGUCUUGUGUUGAUUAUGACUCCCCAACAUUUCAAGCACAUGGGGAUCCAUUUGAAUCAGAUUCAACCUCUGUUUUGGUGGAUGAUUUUCCGUUGUUUAGCAUGGACGAUGCCUUUGCUGAGUCCAAAGACAUACAAAACUCUAAGGAUUUGCUUCUGGACGCACAAUCCAGGCACACCAUCUUCUAUGAUGAUUUUGUUGUUAAGGCUUUCUAUGAAGCUGAGAAAGCUCACAGGGGACAGGUGCGAGCAAGUGGGGAACCUUAUUUACAGCAUUGUUUGGAAACGGCUGUUUUACUUGCAAGUAUCGGUGCUACCUCAACCGUAGUUGCUGCAGGCCUGUUACAUGACACGCUUGAUGAUUCUUUCAUGAGUUAUGACCACAUUUUCAGCAAUUUUGGGGCUGGAGUUGCCGAACUUGUUGAAGGGGUAUCUAAGCUGAGCCAUCUGAGUAAACUUGCACGUGACAACAAUACAGCUUGUAAAACAGUUGAGGCAGAUAGGCUGCACACUAUGUUCCUUGCUAUGACAGAUGCUAGGGCUGUUCUAAUUAAGCUGGCUGAUAGAUUGCAUAAUAUGAAGACCCUCGAUGCAUUACCUUUAGAUAAACAAGAAAGGAUUUCGAAAGAAACAUUGGAAAUCUUUGCUCCAUUGGCUAAUCGUUUGGGAAUUUGUAGCUGGAAAGAGCAACUAGAAAACCUCUGUUUUCGACAUCUCUAUCCGGAGCAGUACAGGAACCUGUCGUCCAAACUUAUGAAGUCCUACGAUGAAGCAGCGAUUACUUGUGCAUCUGAGAAAUUGGAAGGCGCCCUGAAAGAUGAAGGCAUUUCUUACCAUGUCCUGUCGGGAAGGCACAAAAGUUUGUAUGGCAUCCAUGCAAAAAUGUUGAAAAAGAAGCUGACAGUGGAUGAAGUCCAUGAUAUUCACGGUCUAAGAUUGAUUGUUGAAAAGAAGGAAGACUGUUACAGGGCUCUGAAAGUUAUUCAUCAGUUAUGGAGCGAGGUACCUGGGAAGUUCAAGGACUAUAUAGAUCACCCUAAGUUCAAUGGGUAUCAGUCUCUGCACACGGUGGUUAGAGGAGAAGGCGGAAUGGUCCCACUAGAAGUUCAGAUAAGAACGAAAGAGAUGCAUGAACAAGCAGAAAUAGGAUUUGCAGCACACUGGAGAUACAAAGAAGAAGGUGAUGAGAAACAUGCCUCGUUUGUGCUGCAAAUGGUUGAAUGGGCGCGAUGGGUUAUUUCAUGGCAGUGCGAGGCGGCCACAACAACAACGUUAACAGCAGCAGCUGCAGAAAGUGCAUGCAAGUUCCCUUCUCAUGAGAAAGACUGUCGGCAUACUACUUAUAGACACGAUUGCUAUCCUGACGGGCCUAUCUAUGUCAUCAUAAUGGAAAACGACAAGAUGUCGGUUGAGGAGUUCCCAGCAGGUUGUCGGUUGUGGGAUAUGUUGGAGAGUAGCAGCGGAAGGGGUCAAGGAAGAUUCAGGUGGUGGUGGUCUCCAGAUGGUGGGGGGUUUCCAAGAAAGGAAGAGCUGAGGCCGAGGUUGAAUAGUAAACCCAUUAAUGAUCCAUCGUGCAAACUCAUGAUGGGUGAUGUGGUUGAGCUCACACCAGCUAUACCAGACAAGUCUUUAACCCAGUACAGGGAAGAGAUGCAGCGGAUGUAUGAUCAUCAUCAUAAUAGAAGAGCUCUUUCUUCUUCUUCUUCAUUGCUUCCUCCUAUUGCACUACCACCCACCACUACCACAACCAGUACCGUCGUCAUGGGUUGGAGAACUUGAUUAGUAAUUGUUUCUCCUCCUCCAAUUGAAGAUUCAAGUCUGACCUUUCUCACUUUUCCCUCCUUUAUAUAUAUAUUACAGCUAUUGUAUGAAUAUUAGCAUAACAUGAAAAAAUAUGAUUUUUUUGUGUGUAUAUAGUAAUGGCCAUACAUGCCUUGUACAGUGGCCUGACAUGGUUUGAACAUUAAUAUAAAUUAGGUUUGUAUUACAUUGAAACCACCUUAUUAUUGUUUUAUUUGCA